AUGUGUCGAGCAUUCCCCCUGACUCUAGGAGACAAAGCUCAAAGAUGGUUUAGAAGACUGCACGAGAGGUCGGUAAAGAAUUGGAAUGAUUUAGCCACAACGUUCUUGGCGCAGUUCAUGGGCUCCAAGGCCGGAACCACGCCAAAAGAACGACUAGUGAGCAUCAAGCAAGGAAGAAGCGAAUCCCUCAAAAGCUAUCUGAGCAGAACACAAUUCUGGUGGUCAGUACACGAAGACGGUCCAAGGACUUAUUAUGAGUUCCUUAAUCGAGCUGAGAAAUACUUAAGUGCUGAAGAAGCGACCUCUGACCAAGAGGAGGAGACCUCCGAACCCGACCUCAACAACACAGUAAAGGAGGAAAAACCAAGUCGCACCUCUUUGGAAGAGGUAUUCACACAAGCCAAUGCGAAAGAGGCAUUUCGUAGACCCAUGAUCCUAAAGGACAGACAGGCAGGACAACAUCAGGGACAAUACUGCCGGUAUCACAAGAUGGUAGGCAAUGACACUGAUAACUGUCGGGACUUAAAAGAGGAAGUUGAGUCCCUAAUUCGAAGAGGCCGGUUACAGAAGUUUGUUACCAGGCCAAAAGAAGCAGAUCGACCUACGACGCAGUAG